AAACACACGCGACAAGAUGCCUGCUCAGUCGGCCGCCUCACACACGCCGCAGCGCCAAUCGCGACGACACAACAACUUCAAGGAAAACAUCAACUUCUUCGAGCCCGGCAAGCAAGGCCGUCGCACCGGUCUGGUCCUGAAAGAUAGCGGUGUGCGCGACGAACAUGGCUUCGAGCCCGUCAGCGGCAUCUUCUCCUCACCACAGCCUUCACCACAACAGCCCUCGCCGCAACCCUCACCCGUGCCCUCACCACAGCGCCUCGCAGCAAAUGGUAACGACACGGCGCUAGCAUCGUCGUCUAUGGUUCUGCAAGACAAAAUCUCAGAGACGCUCCACUUGCGCAAGACUCCUCACCUACCGCCAAAGGCUCAGACUCCGCGACGUUCAAACAUCCAAGGCUCGCCUGUUCGUCACUCGGCCAUCAAGCCCGUACACACCCAAUCAUCACCGCGAGCCGCUCCUUCAACAAGCCGCACGAGCAGGCGCCUCGACUUUGCAAACAAGGGCCAACCUGUCGUCGCUCCCAGCCCGAGUCCCUUCAAACCGCGAUUCGGAAAGUCGCGUAAGAGCGUCUUUGACUUGCAACAAUCUCCCGACAGGCCACAGUACAACCAGCAAGACGACGACGACCUCGACAACUCGGUUCAGCAAGUUCAAGAUGCCGUCAACGAACUCUUCCGGGACGAUGGGCCCGAAGACAUCCUCUCGUCUGCGCGCAGCACCAGAUCACAAAAGCGCAAACUCUCGAAUCCUCCCUCGCCUGUCGCAAUGCAGCCUCCUUCGGUCCNNCAAAAGUCCAACAAACGCCAGAGGCCGAGCCUCGAACAUCGGGAAGACCAGACGACCAUAGAUCACACAAUCGCAGAUCAGACGAACGUGGACCAAACGAUUGUUGAUCAGACAAUCAUGGAUCAGACAAUCAUGGAUCAAACAGAAAUGCCUGACCAGACCGACGCCGAGUACACGUACAUUACGGUAGAUCAGACAGAAAUGCCAGAUCAGACCGAGUUGCCCGACCAAACGGAGCUCCCAGACCCGACCGAGUUGCCUGACCAGACGGAACUGGUCGAUCAGACUGAAGCGCCAGAAGAGACGGGAGUUGAAUACACUUGGGUUGAUCAGACUGUUCUCGAUCCUACCACCUACGAGCAGACCUUGAUGGACGAUACGAGUGUCGAGCAGACAGUCGCAGAUGAGACGGUCAUGGGCAGAACAGACGCGACGCACCUUUACGACCACACAAUGGCAGACGCGACCAUCGCAGGAGAAGACAUUGCCGAAACAACAGAGCUUCCCGACGAGCCUAUCAUCGAAGCAUCCGCCCCUCUGUCGACCAAGAAGAAGCGGCCUUUUGAAGUACGAAAAGACGCCCGAGAGCCGCCUUACGAGGACGAUGCGAAAGAUCCCAAUCAAGGACCUGAUUUGUCUUCACCUUCACACGCCGCCCAAGACUUCAUCCCACCGCCCGAGGACUAUGUGCAAGAUGAAUCCGAACAUGAGCCUCAACCAGAACCGACUAAGAAGCGAGGGCGCGGCAAGGGCGCUGCGAAGACCAAAGGAAAGAAGAAACAACAAUCUGCAAGCGUCGAGCCUCGGCCGAGAGCAUCAAGGGACAGUGAAUCUGUUGGUCCUGAUGGUCUCAAGAAACCCGGUCCUAAGUCUAUCGUCAAUUUGCGCGCGGGCACGCCUGCAGAAGACGAAGGUGCUAAGACGACGAGAUCUGGCCGUACUUCGAUCAAGCCUCUGAAAUACUGGUGCAAUGAGACAUACAUCUGGAACCAGGGCGAGGUCGAAGGCAUUGUUCGCGCUGAACCUGUUGAGCAAUCGAAACCAAAGCGAGCUGCUCCAUCGAGAAAGAAGGGGACACGAUUGGGUCCGAUCAAAGAAGACGAAGAGGAGGAUGAGGAUCUAUUGCCUGAAGCCUGGGAGCAGGAACUGGGUGUUAUCAACAGCACAGUUCGAGUGUGGGAUCCUAGAACUGGCACCGGCAGUACUGAAGUGGAAGGAGUAAACGAUGCCAUCAAAACCCAAGAUGUCCAUGGCUCGUCGUUCCGCUACGCGAAGGUUAUGACCCUUCCGUUUUUCGGAUCUGGCAUGGUCGAGAUUCCUCCGGAUGGCUACAAACGCAUGAAAAACUCACGCAAGAUGCAAAUGGUGUUUUUCGUGCAUGAAGGUAAAGUCACGGUUGAUAUUGAGGACGUCCAAUUUGGUAUGACCAAAGGUGGAGUCUGGCAGGGG